AUGUCAUUCCUGACUCUAUUCACCGCAGAUGCCGCCGCAGCCCAUGGCCAUGAGUUCUCACCCACAGCUUUGAUGAGCCGAUACCGAACUACAAAAGACACGGCGUCGCCCGAUCCGAUGCGGCAAGUCUCGAGCAUGGCCUCCUCCGUUUCCACCGUCCUGGAGGAGAUUGUCGCUACUCCCCUGUCACCACCUCCACCACAACAGAAGAAACCCCCGCGGACAAAGACGAGCUAUUAUCUGGCGCUGCCGCCACCGGGCUCUCAUGCGAUACACCGUCACUGCUCGAGGGCUGAACGUACGUUGAUCGUGCAGCUCCAGAAGGUAUCCAACACCACCCGCCCGCUACCGACCCUGGAUGUGCUGCCGUCGUCGGUUUUUGGUUCGAAAUUGAAGAGGGUAGGACACAUGCUGCAUGGGGCCGGGCAGCAGGAUAUAGCAUUCGUUGAGAGUGAGCAGUAUGCGUCGGAAAACGUCCAGGGGGACAGUGACGACGAGAACGAUCUGAAUUCGAGGAGGAUGGUGGCAUCGGUCUCGCAGGGAUAUCGGAGGACACCCGGUGAUGAUGGGAAGGGGAUCAGGACGACGAUGAUUCGGUUCGAUGAUGGCCUCGUCUGGGAGGCGAGCCCGCUGGCAUCUGGAGGAUAUGAGUUCGUGGCACGCGAGGCCAACGGAAUAACAAAGGUCGCAAAGUGGUUGCCGAAGCCGCCCACUUCGCGAAGGAGGUCGAGCCAGUCCAUACAGCAACGCAUGGCCGGCGCAACACCUGAGCCGGAGGAUCAGCGAAGGUUUCAGUUCAGCAUACUGGACAAUGUCACUCGGAAGAAGCCCAUCCUGGCUUGGGUGAGCCGGCAAGGUAUCGACGUUCUGGACAGAUUUCCAGGGCCUGGCAUAACUUCAUCGCCAAAUUCACCGCCCAACACGCCUCCUGCGUCGGUCAUCGAUGUGGAUAUGUCCAGCGACGAUACUAUCCACUCGGCGCAAUAUGGCGAGAUCUCGGAUCAAUUGAGGGAACUUAUCGUUGUGACGGGAACAUGGAUUGCCCUUCGAGAGGGUUUGGCGUCGGUUGGCGCCAGUGGUAACCGCACGGAAGAACUUGCCUUACCCUCAUCGCCUACGGUUUCAACGUUUCGGACCACGAGAUCGGUUUCCUCUUCCGCCACCGUAAGCACGGCCGCU